AUGCUUUUGAUAAGCCUAGCUCCGAUUUUGUCAAGUUUCUUGACAGAAGCUAUCGAAUUCAAGUUUCCGGCUUUCGCAAACGCUUCGAUCAUUAUCUCUCCGAUCAGUUCACCUUUCUCCGUCGUGUCGAUAACCGCGACAGCCGUUGGACCAGCUCCACUUAUAGUACACCCGAAUGCUCCGGCUUCUAAAGCAGUUUUCUUCACAGCUUCCAUUCCCGGAAUCAACCGAACCGGUACAAUUGGAAGGUGUCUGGAAACCGAACACUACUGUCGGUUUGAUACGAUUACAACUUGA